GGUUGGGAAGAGGCACAGAGAGAGAGAAUCUUGAGCUACGGCAGCCUCCAUCCCACAACCCUGAGACCAGGACCUGAGCUGAAAUCAAGAGUUGGACACUUAACCUACUGAGCCCCCUGGUCACCCCUAGAAGAGAGAUCCUUUAGAAGCCAGAGAAACCCACUAGCUGCGAGAUGACGAGGGCUUGAUUAAGCAUGAGAGCAAUCGGAAUGGAAAGAAAGGAUUUGUUGCACAAGGAAGUGACAGGAAGGGAAGGGAAGGGAAGUCAUCAAUCUGGUUGCUUAGAGUCCCUGAAGUUCAUCCAUCUAUAUGGCUUCUGGCCAGAAAAAGCCUAAGAGAAAUGCUGAGGAACAUCCCUGAUCUGCACAGAAACUUAUCUGGAAGAUCUUCAGAGUCUGAGACUCACCCACCCUGGCUUUGUUCACCUCGACCCAUCCAGAUCGGUUAUACUCCAAGGCCUAUGCUCUUGCCGUGUUGAGCCCAACAUUGGAAGCCAUUUAAAGAUCUGAGUUGAUCAUGGCAUCAGAAGCAGGGAAAACGUUCCAGCGGUUUGCUGUCUUCGGAGAAUCCUCGAGCAGCGGCACUGAAAUGAACAACAAAAACUUCUCCAAGCUCUGCAGGGACUGUGGCAUCAUGGACGGCAAGACGGUCACCUCCACUGAUGUGGACAUCGUAUUCAGCAAAGUCAAGGCCAAGAAUGCCCGAACCAUCACAUUUCAGCAGUUCCAGGAGGCCAUGAAAGAACUGGGCCAGAAGCGAUUCAAGGACAAGAAGCCAGAUGAAGCUCUGGAGAACAUUUAUAAGCUCAUGGAGGGCAAGGAUCCAGCUACCACUGGUGUUACCAAAGCAACAACAGUGGGGGGGGUGAGCCGGCUGACAGACACCAGCAAGUACACGGGCAGCCACAAGGAGCGUUUCGACGAGAGUGGCAAGGGCAAAGGCAUCGCAGGCCGGGAAGAGGCGACCGACAACUCAGGCUAUGCAACGCUCCCCCUCCCCCGGAUGGCGAGCAGGAAAAGCAUUGUCAUGUUUCUGAGGAACGAAGUGCUGCUUAGUCCUGACCCUCGGAGAACAGAGGGCCUGCCACCCGGCCCCUCAGCCCCAGCGGGAAUCCGAGAGCUCAGCUGUCCAGUACCAUCUGGAAAGCACUCUGACGAAUGGUGGGGGCGAUGUAAAGGUAAAUAAAAGAGCUCGAGCCUAGACUACAGGUGUGAUUUGCCAGGAAAGACACACACAGAAGCACGUUACCAAAACCUGAGCAGAGGACCAGGAAGGCUGCUGAGUGUGCCACCGGCCUGGGGUUCUGCACUGCAAUUCUAGUGGCUCGGUCUUUAAAAUCCUAUCUCCGAGGUACUGAUCCGUAGCAUUGCUUCUUCUGUGCUGACCCCCUUGUCAUGGUUUUGUCUGCUCUCGAAACCUGAGAUUUUUUGGAAUUUGUUGCCUCAUUACACUGGGCUUUACACACAUGAGAAUUACCCUAGAGAUGAAUAAACUAAGUUGGAGAGAGA